AUGGAACCGCUCUCACUUGCUGAGGCUGCACGACGCGUAGGCGUUAAACGUGAUGUAUUUUUCCGUCGUCUGUUAGUAUCAGACGCGAACGUGCAGCAGCAGAUGCUUGCACGCAUCUCGGACGAACUGCAAGAGCUACUAGCACGUGAAGACGCGACGCUCGUGACUGACUUCUUUCCUACUGCAUUGCGAUUGACUCUAGAUGCGCCCUUUCCAGCCAUUCGCGAGGCAAUUGGUCAGAUUGUAGAUGCCGUUGAGCAGAAAUUUCCUCAGAUGCAGGAAUUACGCGCGCGGCAGAAACGCGUCUCGUACUUUUUUGCUAAUGGAGACGCGCCUGAGGACGAUGCGCUCGAGAGCGUCCCGCGUGUGGACGAGGAGGCGCUGCGCUCACUGUUCCAGGACUCGUUUCUACGUACAGGUCGCGUGACGCACUUGAUGCAGAUCUUGGCAUGGCAUCCUAGCUACUUGAAGCUGUUUGACCGCAGUCUUGCAGCUACGAUGACGCGCGAUGGUACGCUGCCGCUCCAUUGGAGAAGCUACAUUGCUGUUAUGGGAGCCAGUGAGCUCAGGUGCCACUACCUUGCAGAUUUGCAGCAGUACAACUUUGUCGUGAACGGAGGAGAUGGUGAGUGGAUUAAGGGACUAGACUACGUGCCGCCCAAGCUCUUCCGACUGCACGAGCUCAGCUCAUUGCUGGCCCAUAGACCAUGGAUGCUGACAGCGGACCACGUAUCGGAACUGCUGCGCUCGGACCAGGACGACUCGUGGUCGGUCUCGGAACUCGUACACGCCAUCAUUGUGCUUUGUCAGGCGCACUCAAUAGCGAGCAUUGCGCUGGGUCUUGGCUGUGCUGAGGAAGUGGACCUCGCGGUUUUUGGACAAUUUGGAUAUGCUCUGGACGCAGAGUUGGCCACCGCUGAUGGUGUGGACAACCAGGAAGGAGUCGAGGCUAGCAGCUGCAGCAGCGUGGAUCUGUCAACCAUCGACCGCGACGACGACAUGCUGCUGAAACAGUUGAAGAAGAAUAGCGGCCUGGACAGCGAUACAGCGGACGAAGAGGAAGAGACCGCAGACGAACAGGAACAACAGCAAGAUGGAGAAGACGAUAUGGAUGACGACGAGGAGGUUGGAGCUGACGACGGUUUCGAAGUGGUCGUUGACGAGGCAGACUACGGAGUCAAUGCGACAACGGCUAGUCGAAGAGCUGACACGCUGUGGCGCUUUUGUGGUGGAAGCGUCAUCCGCUACGCAGACUUUGAUGUACGUUCUGAGAAGUAUGAGGUGCUACAUACGGAGGAUUUUAGCUGGGACGAACACUGUUUUUCCCUUGUGAAGCGGUAUUAUCCGGGUGAGGCUGGCCAGAUUCUCGAGGACCUGUUUAAUUUAACGAGCAAGUUGACAUACGACUACUUCGGAGCGCAAAAGGAAGAGUUUGUGGACACUAGCCCGUACCGUGAUGCUGUGUGGUACUACGUACAUCGAAUCUUUGGUAUUUGCCACGACGACUACGACUACCGCCAGGUGAACACGUAUUUGAACCGACCGACGAAGAUUUUUUUGAAGAAGGUGGCCUGCACGCCGUGGAAAGUGCGCGAGGAAGAUUUUGCGCAUUUUGACCGAGCGCUUAGUCCUUCGGAGAAAUGCCACGUCGUUUUACUUGUUGCAGAGGCACGGAAGCAGGCUGGACUUAUGUAUGGUCUGCGUGCUGUGAUGAAUCAUAUGCGCUGA